GUUCGCCCCUCCCGCCCGGCGCGACCUUUCCCCCGCGGCUGCACCGCCUCUUCCGCCGGCGCGUCCGCGUGCGAGGGCCCGCUGGCGCUGUUGCUCCGAGGCGGCUCCGCGCCGAGAUGCCCCCGAAAAAGGGAGGCGACGGGGUUAAGUCGCACCCGAUUAUCGGAAGGUUCGGGACGUCCCUGAAGAUCGGGAUCGUCGGGCUGCCGAACGUGGGGAAAUCGACGUUUUUCAAUGUGUUAACAAAGAGUCAAGCGGCAGCAGAAAAUUUUCCUUUCUGUACUAUUGAUCCAAAUGAGAGUCGAGUUCCUGUGCCAGAUGACAGAUUUGACUUCCUAUGCCAGUAUCACAAACCUCCAAGCAAAAUUCCAGCAUUUCUGAAUGUGGUGGAUAUUGCUGGCCUUGUGAAAGGAGCCCACACUGGACAAGGCUUAGGAAAUUCCUUCUUGUCUCACAUUAACGCCUGUGAUGGGAUCUUUCAUCUGAUGCGAGCAUUUGAAGAUGAUGAUAUCACUCAUGUUGAAGGAAGUGUAGAUCCUGUUCGUGACAUCGAAAUUAUACAUGAAGAACUUAGACUUAAGGAUGAGGAGCUGAUCAUGCAGAGCAUAGAUAAGCUUGAAAAAGUAGCUGUAAGAGGAGGAGACAAGAAAUUAAAACCUGAAUAUGACGUAAUGUGCAAAAUCAAGACAUGGGUAAUAGAUGAAAAGAAAGCUGUCCGCUUCUAUCAUGAUUGGAAUGACAAAGAGAUUGAUGUUUUGAACAAACAUUUGUUUUUUACUUCAAAACCGAUGAUCUACUUGGUUAAUCUGUCUGAAAAAGACUACAUUAGAAAGAAAAACAAGUGGUUGAUAAAAAUUAAAGAGUGGGUGGACAAGCACGACCCGGGAGCUUUGGUCAUUCCUUUUAGUGGGGCCUUGGAACUCAAGUUGCAAGAUAUGAGUGCUGAGGAGAAACAGAAGUAUCUGGAAGAGAACAUGACACAAAGUGCUUUAGCAAAGAUCAUUAAGGCUGGAUAUGCAGCACUCCAACUAGAAUACUUUUUCACUGCAGGCCCAGAUGAAGUGCGUGCAUGGACCAUCAGGAAAGGGACGAAGGCUCCUCAGGCAGCAGGGAAGAUUCACACAGAUUUUGAAAAGGGAUUCAUUAUGGCUGAAGUAAUGAAAUAUGAAGAUUUUAAAGAAGGAGGUUCAGAGGCUGCUGUCAAGGCUGCUGGAAAAUACAGACAACAAGGCAGAAAUUACAUAGUGGAGGAUGGAGAUAUUAUCUUCUUUAAAUUUAAUACACCUCAACAACCCAAGAAGAAAUGAAUACCAGAUUGUUCGCUCAGAAAUGAACUGUGCUGCUUCAAAAAGCAUAUGAAUUUUUAUUUGGAAUUGGAAUAUCUGGAAACAAAAAGCAUACAGUUUCUACCUAGGGAACCUCCCUUCCCCCCAGUGAAAUUAUUCUUGUUUGUUUUGAAUUAAAAUAUGGCACCUCCAGCAAACAUGCAAGUUCACUAAAUGUGAACAGCUUUGCAUUUCAAACGAUUAAGACCCUACUCCAAAUUGUAGAAGCUUUUCGGGAACCAUAUUACUCUCAUGAUACUUCAUUAAUCUCCAUCAUGUAUGCCAAGCCUGACACGUUUGACAGUGAGGACAAUGUGGCUUGCUCCUUUUUGAAUCUACAGAUAAUGCAUGUUUUACAGUACUCCAGAUGUCUACACUCAAUAAAACAUUUGACAAAACCA